AUGAACCCGGCCGUGCAUGAGAGCAAUGUGGCCUGGUGCCGCCUGGUCACAGCCGCCUACAAUUACUUCCACGUCACCAACUUCUUCUGGAUGUUCGGCGAGGGCUGCUACCUCCACACGGCCAUUGUGCUCACCUACUCCACCGACAAGCUCCGCAAGUGGAUGUUCAUCUGCAUCGGCUGGUGUAUCCCUUUUCCGAUCAUUAUUGCCUGGGCCCUGGGAAAGCUAUACUAUGACAAUGAGAAAUGCUGGUUCGGGAAGCGAGCAGGAGUCUAUACCGAUUACAUCUACCAAGGCCCCAUGAUCCUGGUGCUCCUGAUCAACUUCAUCUUCUUAUUCAACAUCGUCCGAAUCCUCAUGACCAAGCUCCGAGCCUCGACCACCUCGGAGACCAUGCAGUACAGGAAAGCAGUGAAGGCUACACUGGUCCUGCUGCCGCUGCUGGGCAUCACCUACAUGCUGUUCUUCGUGAAUCCGGGGGAAGACGAGAUCUCCAGGGUCGUUUUCAUCUACUUCAACUCCCUCCUGGAAUCUUUCCAGGGCUUCUUUGUCUCCGUCUUCUAUUGCUUCCUGAACAGCGAGGUCCGUUCCGCCGUGCGGAAGAGAUGGCACCGGUGGCAGGACAAGCACUCGAUCCGCGCCCGCGUGGCCAGAGCCAUGUCCAUCCCUACGUCGCCGACACGCGUCAGCUUCCACAGCAUCAAGCAGUCGACGGCUGUCUGA